AUGAUUCGAAGUGGCGGCAUGAGCAGCAGCAGCAUCCCUGCCACUCAGUUGCUCUCUCAAUAUCAUCCUGUUAUUAUUGAAGGAAUGGGCUACUAUGAUCCGCGAGAUCCCAAAGUUGUCGCAAGCCAUAUUUACGAUCAACUACAAUCGCAUUGGUUGCAUCACGAACAACAACAUCAACAACAGGAGGACCAAGGAAUCAUUGGCGCACUACCGCGUCAUUGUCGUUUAGAAGACGCCAACAGAAAGAAUGAGAAGAAACCAAAACUUGUCAUCGCGCAAGGUGAUCCAUUGAAUGAGCGUGGAAUCUCGGCCAUUACAGCCAUGGUUGCAGAACAACAUUUGGGCGUCAAACGUGGGCUGGUGUAUUUGGAUCCAGAGAUUGCUGAUUAUCACAGCCAGAAUGCAGAUCGCGAGAAUGUGAUAUUAGAAAUCAAAUAUAGUGACAUGGCAGGAGUCUUGAAGGAAACUAUUGGGCCCAAUGUAAUGAGUGACAUUGAGUCCGCUGUGGAUGCCUUGUUGGACAAGAAGAACAGCAAACGAAAGUUGCUCAACAAACCACCACUGAAAUCCUAUUUUCGAGAUUUCGCUCUACUUCAAGAAGUCACCAAAGCUGCUUGCCUGCAGAUAUGUGGUGGCGAUUUGACGAUUGCUCAUACCGCCAAGACCAUUAGCGAAUUCUCUGUGACAAGCUUUUAUGAGGUCGGCCUAGACUUGAGACUGUAUGCAAAAGAUCAAAUGGUCCCUUAUGAUCAAUUCGACGAAUUAGAUUUUGAACAAAUCGACAAAAGAUGA